AUGAAUUCUAUCUUAAAUACUUAUAGUCCAUUAUCAAAAGAAACUUAUAAUGAAUAUCGUGGUUAAAUAAUGAUCGAGGCACUAUCCAUUUAGAAAGUAUUAGUUAUAGGAGCAGGAGGUUUGGGUUGUGAAAUUCUAAAAUCUUUGGCGCUUAGUGGAAUCAAAGAGAUCCACGUUAUUGAUCUAGACACAAUAGAUUUAACAAAUUUAAAUAGAUAGUUUCUAUUUAGAAUGAAAGAUGUUGGUAAAUAUAAGGCAGAAGUAGCAGCAGAAUUUAUUAUGAAAAGAAUCCCAUCUUGCAAAGUCAUACCUUAUACAAAAAAAGUAUGUAUUUAAAUGAAUAUCGUAGAUAUAAGAAUUCCCCAUAAGUUUUUAUUAAGAAUUCUCAGUGAUAAUUGCUGGCCUAGAUAACAUUGAGGCUAGAAGGUGGAUCAAUAGAGUUGUCAUUUAAAUGGUGUAGAGGGAUGAAAAUGAUAAAGUUAUUGAUGAGACUCGCCAUUAUUUAAUAGAUGGAGGAACAGAAGGAUUAAAUGGAUAAGCUAGAGUUAUUUCUCCUUUUGAAACAGCAUGUUACGAAUGCACUAUAAGUUAGCUCCCUAAGUAAAUACAAUAUCAAAUGUGUACGAUUGCUUCCACUCCAAGACUUCCUGAACAUUGCAUAGCUUAUGCGUAUGAAAUUUUAUGGCCGAAACAAUAACCAGAUCUAAAAUUGGACAAAGACAAUUUUGAUCAUAUGAAUUGGAUUUAUCAAAAAGCACUAGAAAGAGCAUAAUAAUUUAAUAUUUAAGGAGUCACAUAUAAACUAACAUUAGGAGUUGUUAAGAAUAUUAUUCCAGCUGUGGCUUCAACAAAUGCUCUAAUAGCUUCAAUCUGCACUGUGGAAUGUAUUAAAUUAUUAACUGGAAAUGGAAGUCAAUUGAAUAACUAUUUAUAAUGGUAUGGUCAAAAUCAUUAAACAGGAAUAGGUAUUAAUGUCAUACAGCAGGAACGAUUAGAGGAAUGCACUGAAUGCUCAAUCUAAUCUUUGUAGAUAAAAGUAAAACGAAACGAUAAAUUGUCUGUUCUUUUGACUCUAUUACCACAAGACAUUGAACUGUACUGUAAGGGAGAAAUAUUGAUAACAAAUAACAAUAUAAGAAAAUAAGCAUUCGCUCAUCUCUUAGAUAAGACAUUUUAAGAAUUAAUAGACUAAAAAAUAAUUGAUGAAAAUGCAUAACUAAAAGCCUUAGAUAAAAAUAAGACUAUUAAUUUGAAAGUUGAAUAUGAAUGAUC